AACACGGCGAGGAUAAAGCAAGAUGGCGUCUGACGGUGAAGACGUUAUUGCAGUCGUCACAGUUCAGUGUUCUUAAUCUGUGCCUCCAUGUGCACAUAUAUGUCCUUUAUUACACUCUAGUAAAUAGAGUAAACAUCGUUAAUAACGGUUUGCUUCCGGUUAUAUUAGUCUGAGCGCACUUUGAUGCUUCUCGAGCUAGCUUAGCCUGCUAGUUAGCUUAGCUUGUUAGCUGCUAACAAAGAGAGGCGGAAGUGAUCAAAACACAUCACUAAGUAGAGAUCAAAUGUGAGUGUAAAGUGUUGUGAUUGUGUGAAAAUGUGCCAAAGAACCACAGCAGAGUACAAAGAGGAGCUUUGUCCAACAAAAGAGGAGAAGGAGCGACAACAUGAAAAACCUCAAGUUGUGUAACACAGAACAGUCACCGGGGGAAUAUUCCAGAGAGCUGGUUAAGCGCAAAGUCCUGAGUAUGCAAAGCUCGAGAGUUUUAUCUCCAAAAACAAGAGAGCAUGAUCUGGCACCUGCCCAAAGUGCCAAAACCACCAGUAACUGGUGUAUUGACCAUGGCAUUACUGUCCAACUCCCCUGACCUGAACCCCGUAGAGAAUUUGUGGGGUAUUGUGAAGAAGAAGAAGCUGAGAGACACCAGACCCAAUAAUACAAAUGAGACAUCCAUCAGCUGAUGGAACACCAAGAAGAAUGUCUCCCUCAUCUGCAGGGGGACAGUUUCACACAUCCACAGCCCCCCUAUUUUAAAGAGGAAGAGGAGGGAGAGUGUCCUGUAGGGCAGGAGGAGGCUGAUGUCAGCAAGUUUCCACUGACUGUUGUUUCUGUGAAGACUGAAGAGCAUGAAGACAAACCACCUGAGUCCUCACAGCUUCAUCACAGUCCAAAUGUCCAGCAGCCCCCUCACAUUAAAGAGGAAGAGGAGGAUCCACAGCCCCCGCACAUUAAAGAGGAAGAGAAGGAUCCACAGCCCCCGCACAUUAAAGAGGAAGAGGAGGAUCCACAGCCCCCCCACAUGAAAGAGGAAGAGGAGGAAGUGUGGAUCAGUCAGGAGGGAGAGUGUCCUGUAGGGCAGGAGGAGGCUGAUGUCAGCAAGUUUCCACUGACUGUUGUCUCUGUGAAGACUGAAGAGCAUGAAGACAAACCACCUGAGUCCUCACAGCUUCAUCACAGUCCAAACGUCCAGCAGGUGUCAGCAGAGAGUCAUGAAGAGAUUCCCUCCAAGCAGCAGGAGUGGAGCUCCAGUGUGGGACAGAAGGAGCUACAGGCCCCCUCCCACAUUAAAGAGGAAGAGGAGGAACUGUGGAAGCAGCUUCAAAUGUUGGUGGAGGAUAAUGAUGAAGAUGAAGCUCAGUCCUUACAGCUUCAUCACAGUCAAAGUGAGGAGAACAGAGGGGCGGAGCUUGUAAGUCAACACAUCACAGAAGAUGAUGGAGAGCAUUGUGAAGAUAUAAAGUCAGAACCAGACAGCAUCUUUGCUCCACUGUCAGACAUGGACCACAUGAUGUCACACUCUUCUGAUCACAGUGACCACAUCCAAAAACCUUUGGAGAGUAAAAAUGACUCCAAAGGUGAUACGAGACAUCUCACUAACAACAAACACUUGGACUGCUCUGAAUGUGGGAAAUCAUUUAGACACAAGAGUUAUAUUACAAUACACAUGAGGAUACAUACUGGAGAGAAACGUUUUACUUGCUCUGUUUGUAAGAAAAGUUUCUCCACAAAGCAACACAUGACCACACACAUGAGAACACACACUGGAGAGAAACCUUUUACUUGCUCUGUUUGUAAGAAGAGUUUCUCCGUUAAGCCUGCCAUGACCAGACACAUGAGAACACACACUGGAGAGAAACUUUUUACUUGCUCUGUUUGUAAGAAGAAUUUCUCCAGAAAGUCUAACAUAACCGAACACAUGAGAACACAUACUGGAGAGAAACCUUUUACUUGCUCUGUUUGUAAGAAGCGUUUCUCCACAAAGCAACAUAUGAUCACACACAUGAGAACACAUACUGGAGAGAAACCUUUUACUUGCUCUGUUUGUAAGAAGUGUUUCUCCAGAAAGCCUGACAUCUCCAUACACAUGAGAACACACACUGGAGAGAAACCUUUUACAUGCUCUGUUUGUAAGAACAGUUUCUCCACAAAGUCUAACAUGUCCUCACAUAUGAGAACACAUACUGGAGAGAAAAAUUUUACUUGCUUUGUUUGUAAGAAGACUUUCUCCACAAAGCCUAAGAUGUCCGCACACAUGAGAACACAUACUGGAGAGAAACCUUUUACUUGCCCUGUUUGUAAGAAGCAUUUCUCCACAAAGCUUGCCAUGACCAGACACAUGAGAACACACACUAGAGCGAAACAAUUUAGUUGCAAUGUGUGAUAAGAUGUUCUGGCAUAAGUAUCAGGUCAGUAAACACAGGUGUGUAACAGUCAUGGAAGCUGCAGGGAUUUAAAAACACUUCGUGAUUGUGCUAAAUGUACUUUAAAAACACAGCAUGUUUAAUAUGAAUGUAUAUUUGAUGUUGUAUGUAGUGCCUCUCAUCUUCUACUGUUAAAUUUAAAGGCCUACUGAAAGCCACUA